CAGAAUUUCUUCGCAUGCAUUCAUUCCCGUUCACCGCUUGCUAGAUACUUCUGCGUCCUAUAACCCAAACUCGCUUGUUCAUUCAAGACUCUUCAAGGACAUACACGACCGAUCGAACAAAACUGGGGCGUACACCUCAAAUCGAGGACCCGCCCUCUUUUGAGGCUUAUAGGGUUUUUGCAUCCUACCACGAUCGAUUUCGCUCACAUGCAACUGUAAAGGUCGACCAAGCUUCGACGUUACAAAAUGCCCAGGCCCCAGCCCAGCGCUGCAUUCUUCGAGGACGCGGACGAGGACGGCAACGUAAUGGCAGAUUCUCGAAGAUAUGCCAAGUCUACAAUUGCAUCUGCCCCAGGCAGUCCGGUGAAGCAGCAAAUGAACACGGGCAAGAAGAAGGCAUCGCGACGGACCGAAUUGAGUUCACCAGAAGAAUCAGACUCAACCGAACAUGCCUCGGGCUCUAGCCGGCACAAGAGUAAGGACAAGAGACACUCUGUCAGUAGGAGCAAGGGCAAAGAGCCAGAGAAACAACGACCCAUCGUACGAUCUUCCAAGACAGCACCCAGCCGGACUGUACGACACCAUGAUGAAGCCUCGUACUAUGGAAUGGCAGAUCACCAUACCAUUCCAGCAUCGUCGCGGCCGCGCGCUCUGACCUCCCGUCCUCAAACCUACUAUGGCCAGCGACCGCCUCUGUCGCAAUCGGCAUAUUAUCCUCCAGGACCCCAAGCGCCUCCCACUUCAUAUCCACCGCCGCCAUGGCUAGGAGGGCCGCUGUUGGGUUCGUCUCCUUUGGCAUCGUCCCCCAUGGCCCACCCCGAGGACUACUUUGCCCGGGGCUCAGACGCAUUAGCUUCCCGGUUCGCGCGGGGAGAACAGCAUCACCGCCCAUCUUCUGCCAUGGGACACCACGUCGGCUCCCAUGGGAGCAUAUAUGACUAUGAUGCGCCACCGCCGCCACAAAAGCUCGUUGCACGGAAGCCUUCGUUGUCAACGAGGCCUAGUAAGGAACAGAAAGAUCGUGGCCUGAUGCCGCCGCCGCCGCCUGUUCGUUCCCAGACGACACAGCCCCGUCAGGCCUUCAAACCGCCACCACCACCACAACAACAACAACAACAACAACAGCAUUCCCAUCCUCGGAAAUCUGUUGGCUUCGACGAGGACGAUUUUAGCGAAGCAGAUGCGAGGCUAUACCGGGACGUUGAUCGACGCGGCUCCAUUGAUUUCACAAAAAUGCCCAUUAGAUCAAAACGCCACAGUUUAGGUCCAGAAUAUUUCGAGGAUGACGAUUAUUCUAUUGAGCCUGCCGCUUCAAAGUCGUCACGACGCGAGAACCGACGCUCUGCCUCAUACCAGCUCGACGAUCAGGUCAAGAAUGCCAGCCGAUACCUGGAGGCGACUGGCGGCACUAGCACGGCUUUGACAAACGAAAACCUGCGCCGUAUCAAAAAUGGGGGAAGCAGCCGUUCGACACGAAGCACCGCCAGCCGCGAUGAGAGCAGUUUCAAGCAAUCUGCGGCGACGAGAACCACCAGGUCAAGCAGCAACGACGAUGACAUCACCAUCAAGGUACCUAGCGGUGCUGUAGUUGAGGUCGGCAAUGCCAAGAUAAACUGCACCAACGGCGGAGAAAUUAAUAUUGGCCGUGGUGGCGGCGGCAGUGAACGGGGCACCGUUUAUGAUGACGAUGGCAGAAGCCGGGCGCCGAAAUCAGAGAGGCCGUCAAACCGGACCCGGACGAGUUCUCAGAGUGUGCAUUCCCGACGCCCACGAGCUCUUCUUGGUGCUCAUCCUGAGGACCAUGCGCAAUAUCCCGAGCGACAUGGACCCACGUAUUCCGAACACCACGCGCCAUCUUAUCCCUUUCAUGAUUACACCUAUGCUCCGCGGUAUCCUGUUGCUUACCCGGGGACACAUUAUGACGAAUCCGACUAUGACGAUUGAGUCCGUGGCUGUUGAUUCGAACCACGUCAAUCUCCAAUUUGAUACAGCUUUUGAGGGUUUUCCUCUUCUUUCUUCAUAUUUCUUUCCAGUUUUCAUACAACAUUGCUUGUAUUUUUCUCUACCCCGUUAUAUCCCCUUAUAUCCUAGUCAAAUCUGCUUGUUGUUGCUCCGUUGUCUUUCCUCGC